AUAAAAAGAGGCAAUAUAUCUACACACACUCCCACUAAUACUAACUUCCAUUUGUCAUACAAAUUUUGGGCAACUCUAAUACUUGUAUUAUUAUGGAGUCGGAACCCGAGUUAAAAGACACCGAGUCAUGGCGACUCAAACUCAACUCGUUCCAACUCCCGGAAACUCGCCCUUCGUGUAACUCCCGUCUUAGCCGCCUUUUCCGUAUUCGAAGGAAACAAGGAAAAGUUGCCGAGUAUUACAAGAAACAAGAAAGAUUAUUAGAAGGCUACAAUGAGAUGGAAAACAUAACUGAAACAGGUUGCUUUCCUGGAAGUAUGACAGAGGAUGAGAUGAAGCAGCUUGCAAAGAGUGAGCGGAUGGCAGUAAACAUAUCCAAUGCAGCUAAUGUGGUUCUUUUUCUAGCCAAGAUAUAUGCAUCCAUAGAAAGUAGAUCAUUGGCAGUCAUUGCAUCAACAUUGGAUUCACUUCUUGAUCUUUUGUCUGGUUUUAUUCUAUGGUUUACUUCCUACGCCAUGAGAAAACCAAAUCAAUACUACUACCCAAUUGGAAAGAAAAGAAUGCAACCAGUGGGAAUUAUAGUAUUUGCAUCGGUCAUGGCUACACUGGGGCUCCAAAUACUGUUGGAGUCGGGCCGUGACCUCUUAACCAAGACGGGGCCUAAAAUGAAUCAUAGACAAGAGAUGUGGAUGGUCGGAAUUAUGGUUUCCGUCACAGUAGUCAAGUUUGUUCUCAUGAUCUACUGUCGCAGAUUUAAAAAUGAGAUUGUUAGAGCAUAUGCUCAAGAUCACUUCUUCGACGUUGUUACAAACUCUAUUGGUUUGGCGACUGCAGUUCUUGCUAUUCGAUUUUACUGGUGGAUUGAUCCAACUGGUGCCAUAAUAAUUGCUUUGUACACAAUUAGUACAUGGGCAAAAACUGUCAUUGAGAAUGUAUGGUCACUGAUUGGAAGAACCGCACCACCCGAAUUCUUAGCCAAGCUAACUUAUCUUAUAUGGAAUCAUCAUGAAGAGAUUAAGCACAUUGACACGGUACGAGCAUACACUUUCGGUUCCCACUACUUUGCAGAAGUUGACAUUGUGCUACCAGAAGAGAUGCCUCUCAACCAAGCACAUAACAUUGGCGAGACACUACAAGAAAAGCUCGAGCAACUCCAGGAAGUAGAGCGAGCUUUUGUGCACAUCGAUUUCGAAUAUACACAUCGGCCAGAGCACAAAGCAAAGGUUUGAGCCUUAGGGAGUCCCGAGGAAUUGACUGUUGAUGAGGAUAGGAAUUCAUACUACUAGCUAGCUGGAACAUAUUUUCUUUGGCUUAGUCUAGUUAUUAUAUGUACACUAUGACUUCAUACUAUUAAUCAAAUGCCUGAAAAUUCCUUUCCAAUUCUAA